AUGUCCAGGGGAGGAAUAUUGAUUCCUUAUCGCCAGCUCCUUGCAAAAAUCUCUGAACUUGUGGCUGUCAAACUGUUGUCCAUUGUCAGAGAUGAUGAUCAAUGGAAUCUUGAACUAAUAGAUGAGGUUUUUCCAUACGAAGUGUCAAUACAGGGGAAUAAUAAUGGUGAGCACUUCAAGAUUACCACUUUUCUUUUAUGCCAUUCUACUCGUUCCCAUGUUAGUCACAGCUUAGUAUUGCAGCGAGAUCCCUACGUUCUCCAUGAUUUUUCAACUAGUGGUAAUGUGAGCAGUAACAGUACCUUCAGAGCGAACCUCAACACCCUCAUCUCCAACCUCUCUUCCAACACCCAAAUCAAUUAUGGGUUCUACAGUUUCUCGGCCGGAGAGGGCACCAACAAAGUUUACGCCACUGGGCUUUGUAAAGCUGACCUUACAACAACUGAUUGCGAAUUUACACCUACUCGAGCUCUUGUAGCUGGUCGUGUCUCGAACUUGACUGAGUCCAACGAGGUGUCAAGAACCUUAUUUUAUGACCUGAGAGUUGGAGCUUCAGCUGGAGGUGAUUUUGGCAAGGUUGCAGUUGGAAAUGCGAAUUAUAAAAGUCAAAACUCUACGAUCUACGGGCUUAUGCAAUGUAGUCCUGAUUUGUCAGAGAGUGAUUGUAGCAAUUGCUUAGUUGGCGCUCAAAGCUAUUUUCAAGAUUGCUGUAGUGAAAAUGCUGGAGUGAGAAUUCUUGCACCCAGCUGUAACUUAAGAAUAGAGCGUGAACAAUUCUAUGGCAGCCCUCUUGUUGGAUCGUCGCCAUUAUUAUCUCCUCCUCCUGCGCCUGCAAAAUCAAUAUCUCCUCCUCCUGCGCCUGCAAAAUCAAUAUCUCCUCCUCUUGUGCCUUCAAAAGGAGUAAAAGCCGGGCCAUGA